ACUCUGCUCCUUUGACCUCCCUCUCUCUCCCCUCUCUCCUCUCUUCCCUGUUCCAUACACAGAUCGGCCCCUCUCUCUCUAGCUCUACAAACACCUGACACCCCCUUCCUGUGCACCCUCUCACCCUAUAACUAUAUCUGUACUACCUCCUCUGCCCCUUCUCCUCCGUACUCAUAUUUCAUUUUUCAGUUCCUCUUUCAAAGUUUAUUCCUUUCUUUUGAGAGAUUUUCUCUCCUCCUCGCACUCUGCUUUUUCUUUCUUUCAUUUCACGGCCUUUUAUCAACUGGGUGUCACUUGCAAUUAAUUCCCUGCUCAUUCUGCGUCUGUUGUCAAAAUUUAACCUGGGUUUUGUCUCUCCUUGAUGCUUUGUGUGUUGAUUUCUUUGUAUUUUAGAUCUGAGCAGGUUUAUUAGGGUUAUGCUCCCCCCCCUAAACUGUCCAAUCCGGAAUUUUCCUUGGGUUUCGGAAAGAAAAACCCUUUCCAAGAUUCUUCAGGUUGUCGGUGUACGUGAAAAGGGCCGAAGAUUCUGUAUUCAUGUUAUUUGAUAUAAUGCUUCUUUGGCCAUUGCAAGCUCCACUUCUUUGCAUUUCCUCUCUGUGUCGUCUCUCUCUUUGAAGAAAACUUCAAAGAGGGAGGGACUUCCUGUAUUGACUUCUUGUACGCUUGCCAUGUGCGACUAUUAGUCUAGCCACAACAAUGAAUAGGGGAAUUGAAGUUUUUUCUCCAGCCUCUUACCUUGAAAACUCGAAUUGGUUGUUUCAAGAGAGCAAAGGAACGAAAUGGACCCCAGAAGAGAAUAAGCGGUUUGAGGACGCUUUGGCCUUGUACGACAAAGAUACUCCAGAUCGUUGGUUGAAAGUUGCAGCUAAGGUUCCAGGCAAGACAGUGGGAGAUGUGAUUAGGCAGUACAAACAACUUGAAGAAGAUGUUAGUGUCAUAGAGGCAGGGUUGAUCCCAGUCACUGAGUAUGAUGAUAGCAGUUCUUUCACUUUGGAAUGGGCCAAUAACCAAGGCUUUGAGGAUCUCAAGCCAUUCUAUACUGUUGGUGAGAAAAGGGGUUCUUCCACUCGACCAUCUGAGCAGGAAAGGAAAAAAGGAGUGCCAUGGACUGAAGAGGAGCACAGGCAAUUUCUGUUGGGCCUGAAGAAGUAUGGUAAAGGGGACUGGAGAAACAUAUCUCGUAAUUUUGUGACCACAAGGACUCCCACUCAGGUUGCUAGUCAUGCUCAGAAGUAUUUCAUCCGGCAGCUUACUGGAGGCAAGGACAAGAGGAGAUCAAGCAUCCAUGACAUCACAAUUGUCAACCUUGAAACCAAGUCAUCAUCUCCUGCAUCAUCAGACUGCAGUCACAGACCUUCUUCUCCUGAUCGCUCAGUGAAGGCUGUGAAUGAUCUGCCUAAGAAUCCAAAUUUCUCUACCAUGGUUAAACAGGAGUAUGACUCAAAAUUACCGUACGAGUCCCUGCCAAUGAUUUUCAAUUCAUCAAAUGGAAACAUGUUCAUGCCACCCUAUUUCGGGAUCUCUUCAGUAGGAUCUGGACCUCAGGAGCAGUGUUUACUCAGAGGUUCUCUCUAAGGAUAUCAACUUACUUGGAUCUUAUGAUUCAAUUUUCAACUGUAAUCGAUGCAGCAUCAUCGGUGAAGGUUUAUAGAGUCCUGAAGGUACUCAUUUACUGAAUCUUAUUCAGUGAUGCUGGAUUGCUUUGUGGGGUUUGUGUGUGAAUAUGUUGAGGAAGAACUUGAGUUUAUUAGUCCCUAUAUUAAUCAGACUCUAAGAAGAGACUAGCUCAUAUGUAUUCCGAUGUUAAAAUUCUAGGUGUCUUGAUCAACCAAGGGAAGUUGACUUAAGCAUGAUCAUGGGCUUAUGUAAUAUAUGAUUUUCUCUCAUUAUCACUUGUUUGGUAAUUUGAUUAUGGUUAGGUGACAAACUCCUAUCAA